CUGUGGCGGAGAAGCUGGAGGAGGAGAAAGUGAGAAGACUUGUUUCUGCUGGAGAUCCGAGUCUCCAUCACCGAGCAGAGCAUGUAGCUCGCUGACAUCGGCAACUACUGGCGUUGGAGGAACCACAGAACUCGGACAGUAAUGGUGUCAGGAGGUUGAGGUGGAGGCGGUCCAGGAGCCUCAGUGAUCCACCACAAAGAUGUGCUGCGACGGGGAGACUGAGGGAAACAUCGGGUUGACCAGGAUACUCAAUGUCGACUAGCUAAGCAGCUACCCGCUGACUUCUGCAGCUCGGAAAGUCUCGUUUCAUUCAGAGGAGCUAACAUGGCAGAGGAUGAUGACUGAAGGAUAACGUCUACAGAGUCACAUUCCCUCAAUCCAAAGCGACCUCACUUUCCCCCCCGUCCUCUGCAGACUGAGUUCUUCACGAAAUGCAUGUUCUCCACACCAACGCCAUGUUAGCUUGUUAUAAACUGGCUGUCUGUCCUCCAGGUGAGCUUCCAGACCAACAGACAGGAUGAAGCGAUGACAGUGUGACUGGACAUGAACUCACUGAACAUCUGAGAUUGCUCCCUCAGUCUGUAGGAUUACCCAUCACCGCUUCCCUCCCAGCUCCGUCCAUUUCCUGGUUUCAUUGGGCCAUGGUUCGUAAGAAAGGUUCUCUGAUAUUAUGUGGAGCUUUCCUGUUUGUUGCCUGGAAUGCUUUGCUUCUGCUUUAUCUUUGGGGUCGACCUCCCAUCGGCCGCCUUGGAGAGGGUGGCGGAGCCGAACCAGGAGGAAAGGAGGAGUGGGGGGUUGGAAGGAGUAAAGUGGAUCGAGUUAACCUCGCUGGGGAGGUGAUUCGGCUGGCAGAGGAGGUUGAAGUUCAGCUUGAAACCCAGAAAAAACUACUGAAGGAGAUUGAGAGUCACCGGGCCGUGUGGGCUCGGCAGAAGGACGUUGGGAAAAGAGAAACCGAUUAUGUGAAAGAAGACAAAGAGGUGGUCAUCCACCCGCCACCAGAAACUCCUGGUCCUCUGAAGAACGGUGGGGGUGUCAGGGACCAAAGUGAUGUGAAACACACUCAGAAACCUGCUCAGACAGCAGCUCCAGGAUCAGAUUUACCAGAAUUUCAGGACAACAUCAUCAGCACCAAACUGACCCCUUCAGCUGGAAGCCCAGAAGUCAUCAUUCCCAUCCUGGUCAUCGCCUGCGACAGAGUCACCGUCAAACGCAGCCUGGACAGACUCAUCCAGUACCGCCCCUCUCCAGAUCUCUAUCCAAUCAUCGUCAGUCAGGACUGUGGCCACGCAGACACGGCUCGUGUGAUUGGUUCAUACGGAGAUCAGGUGACGCACAUAAGACAACCGAACCUGUCGGACAUCAGAGUCCGGCCAGAGCACAGGAAGUUUCAGGGCUACUACAAGAUCGCCAGACAUUAUCGAUGGGCCCUGAACCAGGUGUUCAACACCUUCUCCCAGUCCACAGUGGUCAUCGUAGAGGACGACCUGGAGGUGGCACCAGACUUCUUUGAGUACUUCCGAGCCCUGUAUCCCAUCCUGCGCUCUGACCCCACGUUGUGGUGUGUUUCUGCCUGGAAUGAUAACGGCAGAGAUGCCUUGGUGGAUCCAUCCAAGGCCGACCUCCUCUACAGAACGGACUUCUUCCCUGGUCUGGGCUGGAUGCUGCUGAAGGAGAUGUGGGAUGAACUUGAACCCAAAUGGCCCUCGGCCUUCUGGGACGACUGGAUGCGCCAACCUGAGCAGCGAAAGGACCGCUCCUGCAUACGGCCUGAAAUCUCUCGGACUAUCACCUUUGGUCGUAAAGGUGUGAGUUUAGGUCAGUUCUUUGACCAGUACCUUCGCUACAUUAAGCUAAACAUUGAGUUCGUGCCUUUUACUAAACAUGAUUUGUCUUAUUUGCUGAAGGAGAAGUAUGAUGAGACGUUUGUUAAAGAGGUUUAUAGUGCCACGCUGGUUAAGAUUGAGGACCUGCAGCAAGGGGGCGGUUUAAGAGGACCUGGACCAUACAGGGUGCAGUACUCCAGCAGGGAUAGUUUUAAAGUCUUCGCUCGAAAUCUUGGGGUGAUGGAUGACUUAAAAUCUGGAGUUCCUCGUACAGGUUACAGGGGCAUUGUCAGCUUCCUGCACAGGGGCCGAAGGGUGUUCUUGGCCCCACCAGAGGGCUGGACGCAGUACGACACCAGCUGGAGCUGAUCCGGACUCCAUGCAGGAAUACCCUCCUAGACCAAAGAAUAACAAACCUAGAGAUGGGAUGUCACUAGAGAUGGAAGGCCUGUUUCCAGCUUCUUAUCCCUGAACAUCGAGGAUAUCCCUUUGCUCUUAUAAAACUCUUAUAAAACCCACAAACCCAUUUUAAAAGAGCUGCUGGACACGUGCCUUUCUGUCUGAAAUGAAGUUUUAACAUCUGAUGUUUGCAGCAGCUGCAGGUGGCGUCUGACAGUCGGCAGUGUCAACGAGUGAGAGCUUCUCUUGUAGUCAGCACAGAGUUGUUCAGAUCAGAGCGGAGCUCUAAAUGCCUCCUAACACGACUUACAGGAAGAAGAAGAGGUCUCACACGGAGCCAGAUGCAUCACACCUGAAGUUUCUUUCCGUGCAGUUAAUCAGAGAAACGUUAUGAAGAAAUUCCCAUGAUCCUCUGUGUCUGAAUGAAGUAAAUUGAAGAAAACUGUUAAUAUGAAGAAUGAUGCAUUUAAAAGAUAUUUUAGGACUUUCUGGUGUGUCUGAGACUAAGAUGAUGGAGCCUGAAAUGUUCCUGAUGGACACCCUGAUGUUCUGGUUUUUGUAGAGCUGUGGUUUGGUCAGUUUAGGCCCCAUGAAGAAGAUGGAUGAAAUGAUUAUCACUGUACUGUAAUAAUGACGGGAGCUGAACAGCUGAUCCCUCCUCUGUAUGGUGAUGUGAUGAGCCACUGCCUGAACUGUUUCUAACUUUAAUACACUAUGAAUAAAAUCAACUAUUUUGA